CUGUGGGUUCAUAAGUGUUCGUUUUUUUUUUUUUUUUUUCAUUUCAGAUAUGGUGAAAUAUUAUUGAAGAGAACAAUAAGUGUAAACCAUGUUGAAGAAUACAAAGUGCCAAAAUAUCGUGAGGACAUUGAUGAAGAAACACGUCGAAUUUGGGAGGAAGGUUGUGCGCCGAAGCCGAUCGCUGUUACCGAAAGUUUGUUUAGCAUUUCUGAAAUAUAUCCAGUGAGUGGUGUUGUGAAACUGAAUAAAGCUCUGAAGAAGCAAAUGCGGAAGGAGAAGAAACGGCUAAAAAAAGAGGCGAAGAAAGCCAAAAAAGAAGAAAAGCGGCUUAAGCGGAUGAUAAAGAAAGAGGAGGCGAUACUGCAAGAACCAGUUCCGGAAAGCUCGUGGAAAGACCAGAAAAAAAUGAUUGAUUCCGGACCGAUUACGAAGGAAGAAAUUUAUGGCCACAAUGAACAUUUCAAUUUCGGGAAGUCAAGAAAGGAAAUUCCACCGCCGCCAACACACAAUCCCAGGCCCGAUUUCGAGAAAGCGGAUUGGCGUGACAUUGAGAUUUGGAAAGCGGUGCGCGAAAAAGAGAAACAAGAAAAGGGAGAGAAGGAAACUAACUGGAAAGAGGAAGAGCAUUACCUUCCUUCCAGGUUUCGCAGAGAAUAGGC